AUGUCGAAGAAGCCUGAUUCAAAGCCUGCGUAUGGUUAUUGUGGCUACCUAGAAGUGAUGCCUUUGAGCAAGGGAUCAUCUUCUUCACAGCUCAACGAGUCUGCAGAACUUCAGAUCAAAGAUCGAUAUUCGUAUAAGGAUGCCUAUGGUGGUGGAGGUUCAAGCAGCUUUGCUGGGAGCUACAAGGCUGGGGAGUUUGUGGACAAGAGCACUGGUGGCUUGGGCUACAAGCAGGAGGCAAACUACACCUCCACUGACAAGUAUGUGGACAAGGAGCUAGGGUUUACCACUGAGUACCAGACCCAGGUGAAGUUCAAGAAGUCUGUUUACCCCAACAAGACCCAAGUGAAGUUCAAGAAGUCUGCUUCUCCUUACAAGAGUGGAACCAAGUCCUACAACAAUCGCGUUGACUAUUAUUAA